UGAUAAGUGAAGAUGUUCUCUGCGGUAUACGAAAAGGUGCAAGAGUUUCAAAACUACAAGAGCACAGUCUAUUUGACUGCGUGUUUUAAGGCAGCUGUUAUCAAGGAAAUUGGCUGCAACAAUGAUGAUCUCAGUUCACUUCACAUUGCUCUUUCUUUGGAUGAUCCAAGAUUCUGUGAGCUGUGUGAAUAUGAAGAUACCCUUUGAUUUGACUACUGUAGUAUUAGGGGACCCUCUUACAUUAAACUGCAGCUACAAUUGCUCUGCUGGAUUUGUUCGCGGCUGUUGGAGCAAAGCAUCGGAGAACCCUGUCUGUCUCGGGGACAACAUCCAAGGCAGCUUUUGCACAGUAUCUCUUCGUCUACCAAAUGUGUCCACUGAAGAUCUUAAGUAUAACUACUCUUGCUACACAGAAGAUACAGAUCACCCUCAACUUAAAAAAAAAAUCGAGCGUGUUGUGUCACUGCAUGUUGAAGUUCCAAACUGGACAGUUACUCCAAGGACUGAAACUACAAAUGCAUCUGUUCCAGCUAAGCCAAAAGAUUCAAGUGGAGGAGAGUUUACUGGAAUGAAGGUUUUGGCAACAGUCACUGUUUCCGUGGCCAUGGUGCUCGCAGCGUUGGCUGUUUAUCUGUGUCUGAACCGGAGCAGACAGAACUGGAAUGGUAAAGGGGAGCCUGUUCUUUCCAGACCAGGCUCACCACCACAUUCUCAUGCUGUCCUUUCACCAUUGAAGGGAUCAUUGUCAACACAAAGUGAAAGAGUGACUUUGAGGAUUCCUACACCAGAUAAUGAGAGUGACACUGAGGUUCCAUAUGCUGACAUAAUGAUCACUGUCCGAGGUGUCAGUACACCAGAGCUCACUCAGGUCGGGUACUUGACUCCUGGAGACCAAAAAGAGUGGUGGGGAGAUGAAUCAAGGUCUCACCUCCAGGCUUCACGUUCAGCUGACAGACUGCACGUCCCGCAGCCCAGAGAGGUCAGCCGCAAGAUGAGCACCAACUCUGAGUAUGCAGUCAUCACAUAUGCCUGACUGAAGCUGCUGCUGCUGCUGCUGCUGGAAGAGGAGAGAAAGGAAGGAAUAAACAUACACGCCGCUUGUGUUGUAAAUAUGCUAUUAAACGCUAUCUGUGUUUCUAAUAAUAAUGCUAAAUGUAUGUAUUUUUAUUGUUUUAUAUACCCGUUCUGUGUUUAAUAAAAGGAGCAUGUAUACCAUUA